AUGUCAUCGUCAUCAUCAUCAUCAAGUGACAAAUCAUCGUCACCUGACUUGAGUCUCUUCUGUGACGGCUCAUCUACCCUUAGGAAGAUCUUUUACACCGUCCGUUUUCAAUCGUUGCUUUUCAUAAACUUUGUGCCUGUACGUGCAUCAAAGACGUGCACCAUACGAUCAAGGCAAACUGCUGUAUGGAAGCGUCAGGUGGCACGCAAUGUCCCGAAUGGAUCCGACUGGUCCUGUGCAUCGGCCCAAAUGCUUCAAAGCGACUGA